CGCACCCUGUGGCCAGUCUUGUACUUCUACUCGCUCUGCCAACUGACAAUGAUGGCCGCGGCAAGAGAAGCUGAUGCUGUACUUGUUGCUCAACCGGAGGUGGUGAAGAAUGUCUUGUGCAUGGAGGGUGGGCAGGGGGAGACCAGCUACAUCAACAACAGCCAAGUUCAGUCACGGAAUCUCGAGAUGGUGGUCGACGUCCUCAAGGAGACGCUGGACGCGAUCCGGCUCCCUCGCCGGCCGGAGAAGCUCCUGACGGCGGCCGACCUGGGGUGCUCCUGCGGCCAGAACACGAUCUUUGUCGCCGAUGUCAUCGUGCAGCACAUGACCGACCUGUACAUCUCCCGCGGACACGCUCCUCCUGAGUUCAGCUUCUACUUCUCCGACCUACCGAGCAACGACUUCAACACCCUCUUCCGCCUCCUCCCGGAUUAUUCCGCGGCAGCGGGAAACGGCAUCCGGCGCCGGCGGUACUUCGCCGCCGGCGUGCCCGGGUCGUUCCACGACCGGCUGUUCCCGGAGAGGUCCAUCAACGCGUUCACCUCCACCUUCUCGGUGCACUGGCUCUCCCGGGUCCCGGGAGAAGUGCUGGACAAGGGGUCCCCGGCGUACAACGCCGGGAAGGUGUUCGUGCACGGCGCGUCGGAGGCGACGGGCGCGGCGUACCGCCGGCAGUUCCAGUCCGACCUGGCGCACUUCCUGCGCUGCCGCGCCGCCGAGCUGAAGCGCGGCGGCGCCAUGUUCUUGCUCUGCCUCGGCCGGCCGGCCGCCGCUGCCCCCACCGACCAAGGCCGCGUGAGGCUCCUGUACGGGACGCUGUUCGAGGACUCAUGGGCCGACCUCGUCCGCGAGGGGCUGAUGGAAAAGGACAAGAUGGACGGCUUCAACGUGCCGCUGUACGCGCCGACCCUCGACGAGGUCCGGGAGGCGGUGGAGGCGGCCGGCGCGUUCAGGAUCAACCGGCUGGAGAUGGUGACGGGAAGCCCUCCGGUGGUCGACCGCCCCGACGACCCCGGCGCCGUCGGCCGCACGGUGGCGAACAACGUGCGCUCGUUCGUCGGCGCGCUCGUGGACGCGCGCGUCGGGAAGGCGCUGGCGGACGAGCUGUUCGGCCGGCUGCAGCGGCGGGCGGAGGGGCGCGCCGGGGAGCUGAUGGCGGAGAUGCGGCUCCCGCAUGUCGUGUGCUCGCUCUCGCUCGCGCGAGACAAUGCCAGCUGACAAUAAAAGAGGAGACCUUGGUUUCGCAAUAUUUACCGGAGUGCGUGGCACACGUACGGGGCUGUUCAAAUUUGUUAGAGAUAUAUUUCCUCUUUAUACCUUCUUUAUUUUUCCCCAUUAUAUAAGAGGUUCUGUGCAUAUUUACCACACCUGUACAUUGUAUAUGUUUGGCCUUAGUGCCCUUUAAAAUACACAAGUGCUAUUCCUAA